AUGUCACUUGAAUCAUUAUCAAAAGAAGAAAUAUCAACAUAUAUCCUAAACAAACUAGAAGAUCAAACAACAUUUGGUUUUAAUGAAUUAAGAACUUCAAUAAACAAUAUAGAUAUUGAUCAGAAACUCAAAUCAACUUUAGAAUUAUUUUGUUUUGGUACAAUCCAAGAUUAUAAUCAUCAUAAGGAGAGAUAUUUGGAACUAUCUUCAAAAGCGGAAUUCAAAUUAUUACAAUUAUCAAUUGUUUCUAAAGCAUUAUUAUCAAAUCAAUAUAAUUAUAAUACAUUAUUAUCAUUUUUAGGUAUUGAAAAUAUUCAAAUUUUAGAGAAAUUAAUCAUUGAAUCUAUAUAUUCUAAUAUCUUGGAUGCUAAAUUAUUUAAUCAAGAACAAAUUUUAAAAAUUAAUUAUUCAAUAGGUCGUGAUGUUCUAUUAGAAAAUGAUGAUUUAGAAAAAAUUGAACAACAAUAUGGUAAAAUUGUUAAAAUUAAUGAUUUGAUUGAUGGUUUAAAUAAAUUUGGUGGGAAAAUUGAUAAAGGGAUUGAUUAUAUUGAUGAAAUAUCAAAUAAUUUAAAAGAUGAUGAUAUAAAUGAUGAAAAUGAUACAAAUGAUGGGAAUGAUACAAAUAAUUCAAGUAUUGGUUCUAUAAGGAUUCAACCUGAUUCUCCAAGUAAUACACGCAAGAGAAAGAUUGAAAUAAAGUGA